AUGGCACAGAUGAUGUUGUUGUAUUUCUGUACGUGUACGUUGAUGAUGCGGAUGGCGUUGCCGUUGCAUAGCAGAGCCAGAGUAGAACUUGAGAGGUUCCUCGGUGAUAAAGUUGACUUUACUUCGAUGCAGCUACGAUUUGAUUGCACAUUCGGUAUGGCAGCCUGCGUGUCUGCUGGUGUAUUGGCUCUUCAGUGGUUUCUUCGCCGAGCGACUACGAAGAGUGUGCUUAAGACAGCUUGA